AGAGUUAUAGGGCCCUGGCACUUUCCGUGCGUUCCAGAGAGUAAGCACAAAGAGGGCUCUGCAUAUGUGUGGGUGCUCUCGAGUCGUGACCAAUGUUUUUGCAAUUUUUGAUCAAAUUAAUAUACAUAACUGCCUUUUUAUUUAUUUUUUUGUGUUGACAUGGCUGAACCAAUGAUUUGUGUUGCAUGGAAUGUUCAUGCGAAUGAACUAACUACAAUAUGUAAUACUAUGUUGGAGAAUGAACUUUGUGUGGAUUGCACAAUAGUUGCUGAAGGAAAGAGUCUAAAAGCUCACAGGCUGAUUUUGUCUACAUGUAGCCCAUUCUUUCAUAUGUUGUUUAGUGAGCAAAGAGAUGAACAUCCCAUUGUCAUUAUCACAGAUACAUUAUUCUAUACACUUAAAUCCGUCAUUGAUUUUGUAUAUUGUGGGAAAACGAAGAUUCCAGCCAACCAGUUUGAAGAGUUUUGGAAACUUGCAGUCUCUCUUCAGAUUAAAGGCCUUGGUAACUCGCUCCAAAUAGAUACGAAAACUGACAUUGGCAGCAUUGGUGAAAGAAAUGUCAUGCCGAGUCCGUCCAUUGUUAAUCAUGACAUCUGUAAAAUUGGAAGCCUAUGGACAAGUGAAGAACACGACUCCACAAAUUCUUUACAGCAGCAUCCUUUACAUGUUCCAUAUGGUUACAUAGACACUGCCAAGACCGACCCUUCGGUUCUAGUUGAGGGAUGCUGUGACUUUGUUCAAUCAGGAGAAAAGAUGAUGCCUCAGCACAGUUAUAAGAGGUGUUCUGUGCAAUAUGAUCCUGAUGUAUCUAUAAACCCAGAAAUAAAUGUAAAAAUUGAACCAUUAUGUUUUGAAAGUGAAAUUUUGGAGACAAAAAACAGUGUAUUAAGUCAUCAAAGUACUCCAGUGCAUAUAGAUCCUGAGGGUCUGAUAAAUACAGAAACAAGCGUUAAAAUUGAACCAUUAUUUUCUGAAAGUGAAAUUUCAGCUACAAAACCCAGUGGGUUAGGUCAUGAGAGAAGUCCUCAGCAUCAAGAUUUUGAGGUGCUGAUAGACACAGAAAUAAGUGUGAAACAUGAACCACUGUAUUCUGAGAUUGAAUGUUUAGUGACAAGAAACAAGACUGAAUACCUGAAACAAGACAUAUCUGAAAAUAUUAAGAAGCUGGCUGAGGGAUGUGAUUCAUUGCCAUCUAAACAUUCGAUGAAAGAAAAUGAAAAAGCAGAUGGUGUAGGUAGCAAAGCAUACAUGGGACCCCAGGAUGUGGCUGAUGAUGAGACAGUUGAAAUGAAUGUGAGAACAGCAUCUCCUCUUAAACAAAACUCUAAUGUCGGC